AUGACUUCAUCUUUGACGCUGUUUACUACACCUUUCGUCGUUCCUUCUUCGUAUUCUUCUUCUCGAAGGUUUACUGCGAGGACGACGAGACGAAUCCAUCAUCGGAGCGUUGUCUUCACGACGCGAACAAAAGCGGUUGUUAAAACGGAUGAUGAUGCGGAGAAAAAGAGUGCACGCGAGAUGACGAGGAACGGGGGAGUCCCCCCGGAGGAACAACCGAAAACAAACAGAGGCGCGCCUGGGAUGACCGUGUUAGAAAAAGAUGAUUCAGACGACGACGACGACCGUCCGAUGAUGGGGAGUUCGUUUCCCGAGCUCGAUUACUUGCAAGAACUCAUCGCGAUACAAAAAGACUGCCCGAAAGAGAUUGGAUUUUUCGGCACGCGAAACAUGGGUUUUUUACACCAACAGUUAAUCGAGAUCUUGGCGUACGCGUUGUGUUUAACUGGGAAUCAUAUUUUUACAUCCGGGGCGACCGGGACGAACGCGGCGGUGAUUCGCGGGUCGUUGCGAGCGGAACGGCCGGAACUGCUCACCGUCGUGUUGCCGCAGUCGCUGUCGAAGCAACCGGCGGAGUCGAGGGAGUUGUUAGAGAAGGUGAGUCAAGUGGAGGAGUGUCCGGAGAACGAUCAUUUGCCAUUGUUGGAGGCGAGUAGGAUAUGUAAUGAUGUCAUCGUGAGUAAAGUGAGGCAGGUUAUCUGUUUCGCGUUUCACGAUUCGACGCUUUUGCUGGACACGUGUCGAGAGGCGAAGGUGCAGAGGAGGAUGGUGACUCUGUUUUAUUUAGAUUGA